AAAAAAUGUCAGAAGAAAAAGUUGUCGUGUUGAACUUCUGGCCAAGCAUGUUCGGAGCAAGAGUGAUCAUGGCGUUAGAAGAAAAAGAGAUCAAAUUCGAGUACAAGGAAGAAGAUGUAUUUGGUGACAAGACCGAUUUAUUGCUCCAAUCCAACCCGGUUCACAAGAAAAUUCCGGUUCUGAUCCACAACGGUAAACCGGUAUGCGAGUCCAAUAUCAUACUCGAAUAUAUCGACGAGGUCUGGAAUAACGACAAGACUCUUCGUCUACUACCUUCUGAUCCUUAUGAGAAGGCAAAGUGUAGAUUUUGGGCUGAUUUAAUUGAUAAAAAGGUUUUUGACGCAGGAAGAAGAACAUGGACGAAGAAAGGCAAAGAACAAGAAGAAGCAAAACGAGAGUUUAUAGAGACAUUGAAAGUAUUAGAAACAGAGCUUGAGGAAAAGGUCUACUUCGGAGGAAACGAAACUGUUUCUAUGGUGGACUUGGUCCUCAUCUCUUAUUACCCUUGGUUCCACACGUGGGAGACAAUAGGUGGUUUUAGCCUGGAGGACCAUACUCCCAAGCUAAUGGAUUGGGUCCGCAGAUGUUUAGCCCGACCAGCUAUCUCAAAAUCUCUACCCGAUCGGCUUAAGAUCCUUGGUCGAGUGUCUCAGAUCAUAAAGCUCCAUGAGUUCUUCUAUGGUUAUUGA